AUGGAUGUCAUUCUCGAGGUCUUCGACACUCUAAUUUUCGAUUACUUCUACGCCAAAUUGUCUCCGGCAAAAGAUGCUUCCGCCAUCUCCUCCAGCUUCAACAAUAGCCUCAAUGUAACCAAAUAUGACUUUGUUGGUGCUGGCGGAUACGUAUAUCAACCGACAACAACUUAUUUCAAGCUGCAACCGUCGAUAUACGCAUUUACAUCGUCACUUCCUAGAGAUUAUAUCUGGAGACAGCUAAUCACCCUAUAUAUCAUCACCUGGAUUUUCGGACUCCUCGUCUACUUCAUCUUUGCCACCAUCUCCUACGUCUUCGUCUUCGAUAAGUCAACCUUCAAUCAUCCCAAAUACCUCAAAAACCAAAUCCGCAUGGAAAUUAAACAGACUUUAAUCGCCCUCCCAAUCAUGGCCAUCUUCACAGCUCCCGUCUUCCUCCUCGAGGUCCGCGGGUAUGCAAAAAUGUACGACAACUUCGAAGACGCUCCCUUUCCGCUCUACAACUACCUCCAAUUCCCUUUAUUCAUAAUCUUCACCGACUUCUUCAUCUACUGGAUCCACCGCGGCCUUCACCACCCCCUCGUCUAUAAGCACCUGCAUAAGGCCCACCACAAAUGGAUUAUGCCAAGCCCUUACGCCUCCCAUGCCUUCCACCCCGUCGACGGCUACGCUCAGGGUGUCCCCUACCACGUUUUCCCCUUCUUGUUCCCCCUGCAAAAAUUUGCCUAUGUCUUCUUUUUUAUCUUCAUCAACAUCUGGACUGUCCUGAUUCAUGACGGCGAAUACGUCGCGAACUCCCCCAUCAUCAACGGUGCCGCCUGCCAUACUAUGCACCACCUCUAUUUCAACUUCAACUACGGCCAGUUCACGACUAUCUGGGAUCGUCUGGGUGGCAGCUAUCGGAAACCGAAUAUUGAACUUUUCCACAAAGAGACAAAGAUGGCAAAGGAGGAGUGGGAGCGACAGGUUAAGGAGAUGGAAUCGCGCGUUCAGGCGGUCGAAGGUAAAGAUGACCGGACAUAUGUGACGGAUGUGGAUGCGGAUGUGAAGAAGUCGAAGAAGAUGCUAUAA